AUGUUGAUGGUCAUUGAAUUUGAUGAUCCUAUUAAAGAACCUUCAGAUAAACGAAUUUCUAUUAAUAGGUUCAGAGAAGUUUUUGUUAAUUAUGUUGAAGAUACACUUGAAGAAUUAGCUAACAAUACUACGAACACGUAUGAAAAAAAAUGUCGUGACUUUAAUUAUUUUAUUGAUGAUGUAAAGGAUAUGUUUAUUAAUCAUGAUUUGGUAAAAUCUACUCCUGAAAUACUUAAAAAAGUAUGGGAAAGUGAUAUAGAUAAAAAUUUACCAGGCUUGAUGGAGAAAACAACCAAAAAUACUUGUGUUAGAGUUGCACAUGAUUAUGAAAAGGAAUAUAGAGAUUUGAGAAAGAACUUAGAAGAUUUUUGUGACGAGAAAAUUGAGAGAUUAGCAAAAUUAAAGAUAAGCAAUAAUUAUAUGAAUGAUUGUUUUGAUUAUAAUAAAUGGAUAAACGAGAAAAGAAAUGAAUUUAUUACCGGUAUGACUGGUAUGGAUAGAAGAAAAAAACAAAUGUAUUUACGAAAAUCGGAUUCAUGUGAUCUUAAUAAUUUAGCAAAUUUAUUUUUAAAUAUAAUCUGUACCAGGCCUAGGGAUGUUCCUGGUAAACCUAGUAGUAAAGAUAGUGGAGUAAAGGAUAAAAAAAAAGAUGACGGAUCUGAGGAAGAAGUAGUUAAAGAUGAUAAUGGUGAUACUUCUAAGGGAACCUCGAGCGAUGGAGAUAAAGAUAAAUCUGUGGAGGAUACAUAUGAUGUAGAUAUUAGUGAGGAUGGAUCACCCAAUGAGGACAUAUCUAUUGUAAUAGAAGAACCUGCACAGUGUGAAGAAGGUGAUCAUUGUUUUGAUAUUAUAAAAUUUUACGAAUCACAUAAAAAUGGUGUUCCCCCUAUAGAUAUUAAUCUAUCUGUUAGAUGCCCUUUAAAUUAUCAUGGAAUAUUUCGAAAAGGAAAUAAACUGUACAAAUCAAUAGAAAAUAAAAGCGAAAGCAAUUCAAUGAAACGUAGUUCAAAACGAUCGAUUGGUAGCGAAAAUGAACAAGCUAUUUCUGAUAAUACGGAUAUGGAAAUAAUUAUUGAUGGUGAUCCUUACUCUGCUCCUUGUUUUAUUCCUGAGGAAGAACCAUGUAGACCUUCUGUACAAGAGACUGAAGGUGGAAAAACAGGAAAGGGAAUUUUUCCUCAUUCUGAAAGUAGUAAUAAUAAUGUAGUUCCAAAAACUGAAGUUACAUUAAAUUUCAUAUCACCUGAUAGGGAUAGAAUAAAUCCGCCUGAACGUACUUAUAAUUUGAUGAACGAUGGCUUUAUGAGUACUAAAAAUCUUUUAUCAGUGAGUGGAGGUAAUGAUAUUAUGUACAUUUCUCAUAGAAGCCAUGCAGCUCCUACUAAUGCUAGGUUAGGAAGAAGUACGAUGACACCUAAAGCUGAAAAAUCUACAUUAGAUGAUAUUAAAGAAUUAAUUUUUUCUUUUCCUACUAAUGAAGCUCAAAAGUAUGAAUCAUCAAGUGUUACUGUUCCUACUAGUUCAACAAUUAAUCAAGUAAAUAAUGAUAACGUCAGUACACAUACAGGAAGUAACGAGAAUGGAACUGUACAGAAGAAAGAUGAAAUUCCAGAAACAAAUAGAAAGGAGAAUAAAAUAUAUUCUUAUUUUUUCAAUAGCAUUUUAGCAAUUUUUAUAAUAUUUAUUAUUUAUCAAAUUUUUAUGAAAGAAAGUACCUUUUUAUGGUUUUCUAAAAAUGAUAAAAAGAGAAGAAUAAUGAAAAAUAUACAGGAAAAGGUAACUAAAAAAAUGAGAAAAAGUGAUAUAUCAGAAAAAUUUGAGAAGGAUAUUGUGGAUAUGAAACCCACAAAAAGUGAUAUAAUACGUGAUAGGUUUAUAAGAAAUAUAUAUAAUGUUCAGUAUAGAAAUGAAUUUGAUGAAGAAAUAAAAGACUAUAUUCAAUUAAAAUAUUUAAUAUAUGACGAUGAAGAAAGAACAAAAAAAAAAAAAUAUCAUGAAGAAUAUGAAAAGAAGGAUUUCCAAGAUGAUGUAAUAAAAACAGAAAAGGAUAAAAUAUUUUUGUCAAAAGAAAGAGAAUGGAAAUGGAAAACCAUUAUUGAGAUACAUAUGGAAGUAUUAGAAGAUUGUAAAAAUGAAGAAUGGGAAAAAAAUAAAGGAGAUUUUUUAGAAAUAUGUAUAGAAGAAUUUAUGAAAGAAGAUAAUGAAUUCAAUAAUAAUAUAAAAAAAAAUAAAGAUGAUUUGUUGAUAAAUAAGAAUGAGGAUAUAUAUUUUUCAAAUGUAAUAGAAAAACAAAUAGGUUUAUGGAAUAAAUGGAUUGAGAGACAUAGAUAUAUGAUAGAAAAAUGGAAAAAAGAAGAUUGGUUUUGUGAUUUAAAAGAAACGUUGAAAAAUGAAUUUGAAGAACAGAUGGAUAUAGGAAAAGUAUCUUUUUUAUAUGAAAAUAAUAGAGAGUAUGGAAAAAAUUUUUAUUUGGAAAAGCAAAAAAUUAUAUGGAAAAGAUGGAUUGCAAGAUAUGUGAAACAUAUUGAUGAUUAUAUAAUAGAAAUAUGGUUUAAAAGAAUGAUGGAUGAAUUAGAAAAGGCACAAGGAAAUUUAGGAAAAUCUUCUUGUGAAAAGGAUGAAAUUAUAAAUAUAGAAAGUAAUCAUGAGAAUUUAAAUUUUUAUAAAAAAAAAAAAAAAAAAUUAAUUAACAAAAUAUGGAUACAAAUACAUAUGAUGUUAUUAGAGGAAUAUAAAAAGGAAGAAUGCAAACGAAGUAAAAAUAUCUUAUUGGAUAAUUAUAUAGAUAUUUUAAAAAGAGAUGGAAAUGAAAAGAAAAAUAUGAAUAUUUUAGAAAUAUUAAUUGAAAUGAAAAAGAAAUAUAUAUCUGAAAAUGAAGAUUAUGAAAAAAAAGUAUUUAAAGAAGAUAAAGUGUUUGAAGAUUAUAUGGGAGACUGGGAAUAUUAUGAAAAGAAUUAUAUAAAUGAAAAAGAAAAUGAUACUUAUAAACAAGAUGAUAUAAAAAUUAAAAAAUAUUUUUUAGAAAAUCCUUUUGUGGAAAUGGAAAAAGAUAUGACAGAACGUUAUAUGAAUAAUAUAUAUGAUAAUUAUUUAAGUAAAGGCUAUGAACAGGAGACAAUUAUAAAAUCCAUACAUGAGAUAAAUGACACAAAAAAAUCAAUUGAGGAAUUUCAUAAGGAAGAAAAAUAUGAUGACACGGAAAAGAAAAAGGAGAAAUGGAAAACUGUAAUUGAGAUAUAUAUGGAAGUGUUUAAUGAAUCUAAAAAGGAUGAAUGGGAAGAAUGUAGGGGAGAUUUUUUACAAAUUUGUUUGGAAGAAUUUUUAAAAACAAAGGAUGGUAUUAAUAGGGAUGAUAAUAUUAAUGAGGGUGAUAAUAUUAAUAGGGAUGAUAAUAUUAAUGAGGGUGAUAAUAUUAAUAAGGGUGACAAUAUUAAUAAGGGUGACAAUAUUAACAAGGGUGAUAAUAUUAACAAGGGUGAUAAUAUUAAUAAGGAUGGUUAUAUAAAUGAAACAGAUUAUUUAUAUAGUGAGGAAAAUAUAAAAGGAUAUGAUCAUAUAAAUACAUAUCCAAUAAAUGGAGAUAUUAAAAAUAAAUAUUUAUUAGAAAGGCAAAAAAUUAUAUGGCUAAAAUGCAUUAAGAGAAACAAAUAUAUAUUGGAAAAAUGGAAAAAUGAAGAAUGGUUUAAAAAGCUGAAAUACAAUUGGAAUGAUGAAGUAAACAGGAAAUUACAUGGAAAUAAUUUAUAUGAUAAUGUAAAUACAAAUAAUAAAAGAAAUCCUAUGAUAGAAAGGCAAAAAAUUAUUUGGAGAAAAUGGAUUGCAAAGCAUGUAUAUAAUAUUGACAUAAUGGAAAAUGAAGAAUGGUUUAAAGAAUUUAUAAAAAAAUACGAAAAAGAAGAUUAUGAUUAUAUAAGUGGAACAUAUGAAAUUCAAGAGGAAAUAAAAAAGAAAAAAUUAUUGUCAAAAGUUUUCAUAGAUAUAUAUAUGAUGGUAUUAGAAGAUUUUAAAGAAGAAGAAUGUAAAAAGAAUAAAGAAAUAUUUCUUGAUACUUAUAUAGAUGAACUAAAAAAAGAUUCGCAAAGUGAAAAAAAUAAAAGCAUGUUAAAUAUAUUAGAUGAAAUAAAAAGUGAUAUUCAUAUAGGAUAUCAAAAAGAAAAUAUGAAGGAAUGGAAAAAUAAACAUUGGUUUGAAAAAUUGAAAAAAGAAUGGAAUAUAAGGGAAAAUAAGAACUAUGAUGAAAUAGAAAAAAAUAAAAUGGAAAAGAUACAUUUUACUGUAAUUAAUAAUUAUAUGUUAGAAAUACAAAAUGCUAUAAUGAAAAAAUAUUGGGAUGAUAUGGAAAUACAAUGGAUAGAUUAUGAUAAUAAAACGGAUUGGCUAAAAAUAGCUGUUCAAUUAAGUAAUAACGAAAAAAAUGUAUGUAACAGCAGAUAUGAUUAUAUUAGAAAUAAUAAUUUAUAUAAUAAAAAUAAAUAUAUGACUAUAGAGGAACAAGAUAUGAAAGAAGUUGAUACAUAUGACACAUAUGAAAAAAAUCUUUUAUUUUUUGAAAGGAUUAUCAAAAUGUAUAUGGAACUGUUGGGUGAAUAUAAAAAAGCUGACUGGGAUAAAAACAAAGGAGAUUUUUUAAAAAUUGCUCUAGAAGAAUUUGUAGAAACAAAAUAUGAAAAACAAAAUGAUUUAAGAAUUAUUGAAAGAAUAAAUGACAAUAAUAAUAAUGAAUAUGAUGAAAAUUAUAUAAGUAUACAACAGAAUUUAUUAUGGAAUAAAUGGAUAGAAAGAAAAAGAUAUAUAAUUGAAAAAUGGAAAAAUGAAGAAUGGUUUGAGAAAUUAAAGAGCGAAUGGAAAAAAGAACAAAAUAAAGAUAUAAAGCAAGAUCAAAUACAAAUUUUGAUUGAAAAAAAAGAAAACAGUGUUACUGACAAUUAUGAUAAUAUUAAUAUAUUAACAGAAAUAGAAAAAAUAUUAUGGAGAAAUUGGUUAAGAAAUCAAAAAAGUGUAAUGGGAAAAUAUAAGGAUCAGAAAUGGUUUAAAGAUGUAUUAUAUAAAUAUGAGAAAGAACUAAAAGAAUUAGAAAAUUUAAAAAGCGAUUAUCUGAAAAAUGAUAUAUCGAAAAUAAUGGAUGAAGAAUUAGAUAUGAAGAAUAGAGAAUAUUUGAUAAUUCAAAUGUGGAUGGAAAUCCACAUGAUGAUAUUAGAAGAUUGUAAAAAGGAUGAGUAUAUAAAUAGUGAGGAAAUAUUUUUGGAUGCUUGUGUAGAAAAAUUAAAGAAUGAGAAAAAUGAAAAAUAUCAAAAUAGGAUGCUUGAAAUUAUAAUGAAUAUAAAGGAAAAACAUAUGUUAUCAAAAAAAGAAUAUAUGAAAAAUGAAUGGAAAAAAAAAGAGAAAUUGUUUGAAAUUUUUAAAAAAAAUUGUAUCAGUGAACAAGAUAAAUAUAUAUUAGAAGAAGAAAUUCAGAAGGAUAUAAUUAAAGAUAUAGAAAAAAAUAAAAGAUAUAUUAAUAAUAAUGAUGAUAUAAUAAAAAAUGGUUAUAUCGAAAAACAAAAAGCUAUUUGUAAAAAACGCGUUGAAAAAUAUUUAAGGCAUAUGGAUGAAUUAAGUGAAGAAAAUUCGUUUAUAAAUUUUAUGACAAAGGAUCAAAUAAGAAAUUCAAAUAAUAAUGAAUUAGAGAAACUUAUUAAGGAAGAAAUAUUAAAAAAGAUAUUAAGUACAGAGAUGGAUAUGACAUUCUUGGAUGAAUUUAAUAAAGGUGAAUUUAUGGAAAAUAGUGAGGAUUCUAUAAAUGUUGAUAUAAAAAGAAAAAGAAAAAAAAAAGAAAAACAUAUAAUGGAAAAUGAUGAUGAAAAUAUAUAUAAAAUGGAAAAUGAUGAUGAAAAUAUAUAUAAAAUGGAAAAGGAGGAUAAUUUUAUAAAUAUAAAUGAACUGGAAUUACAUAAAGAGUUUGACAAUAAUAAUAAAGUAAAAUUAAAAGAACUACAUACAGAAUUUCACAAGGAUGAACAAGAGAUAUUAUCAAGCCAAUAUGAAAAUAUAGAAAAUGCAAUGAUAAAUGAUAAUGAGAAUUAUGAUAAUAGUAAUUAUAUGAAGAAUAUAAUUGAACAAAAAAUGAUUAUUCUAAAAGAAUAUUAUAACAGGAAGAAAUAUACACUGUAA